GACGCCCCACUCUUCGUUCUUUUUCUAUUAUUCAAUUUCUUUUAUUAUUAUUUGUUUAUUUUCGUAAUUUUAGGGCAUAAUAGCAUAUCCAGUCGACGCCUAAGCAAAGAUCUCGCUCUUUCGCUCAAACUCGCCGUCGCAAUGUCUCAGGUUGAUAACAGAAAUUCUUCAGCUGCCAAGCGUGCUAGAACGGACGGUAGUCGAAGGGAAGAUGACUGGACCUGCCCUAGCUGUGGGAAUGUCAAUUUUUCAUUUAGGACAACAUGCAAUAUGCGUAAUUGCACUCAGCCAAGGCCGGCUGAUCAUAACUCGAAAUCUGCUCCCAAGCCUGUCCAACCCCUGCAAGGUUAUGCAUCAUCUGCUCCUUACGUAGGCUCUGGUGCUCCCUCUUCAAUGUACCUGGGUGUGCCACCUUAUGGUUCUUCUAUCUUCAAUGGAUCUUCUAUCCCUCCCUAUGAUGUUCCAUUUUCUGGGGGAUCGGCAUAUCAUUACAACUAUGGAAGUCGGCUAUCUACAGGCAGCCCCUAUAGACCUUUGCAUUUGUCUGGACCAGCACCUUAUUCGGGUGGAUCAAUGAUGGGCAAUGGUGGGAUGUAUGGUAUGCCACCCAUGAUGGACAGAUAUGGUCUUGGUCUGCCCAUGGCCCCUCCUACUAUGGGACCAAGGCCUAGUUUCUUUCCAGAUGAUAAAUCUCAAAAAAAGACUGCUGAUGCCACACGUGAUAAUGACUGGACAUGCCCAAAAUGUGGAAAUAUCAACUUCUCAUUUAGGACUGUUUGCAACAUGAGGAAAUGUAACACUCCAAAGCCUGGAUCACAGGCAUCAAAGUCAGACAAAAAUUCUAAACAAAAGAUGCCUGAAGGUAGCUGGAAGUGUGAGAAAUGCAAUAACAUAAAUUAUCCAUUCAGAACCAAGUGUAACAGACAGAACUGCGGAGCAGACAAGCCAUCUGAGCCAAAGAAGUCCCCUUCGCCUACACCAGAAGAGAACGAUCAGUGAGUACUAGGACAUAUUUGAGGGUUGAGAAGGUCCAGAGUUGUCAUCCAGCGAUGCUCAAUAUGGGUGUCUGAAAGUCAGUCUUGUCGUCCUCAUGUUGCAGCGGUUGUCAAGUUACUCAACCUUCUCGUGAUUGUGUCAAGUUGUUGUAUUAACUGCGGUGGUAUUUAUGGUCUUUGUGGAUGGUACAAUGCAUCUUGUGUCAGCCAGUAUGAUCUGGCAAGAAUUUUACAGGUUGGUUCUGGUUUCUAAUAGUUAGGCCAUGUACUUUUGGAAUCUACUCAUCUAUUCUAGUGGGCAUGUUACCUUGCAUUUUAGAAAUGUUACCGGUGGCUAUAAGGUUGCUGGAGUCUGCACUUUUCUGGUAUUCAUUGAUCCUAAACUGUCUGUAUGCUGUUUAUAGUUUUAAGAUGUAGCUAGAUGCAUCUGUUAGAACUAAAUGAAGGUCUCAACUCCCAAAUCUCAAUUUGAUCUGGUGAAUCUGCAUGUACUGUC